GUAAAUUAACAUUAGGCAACCAAAACCACUGAAGUUUAGAUCAUAGUAACUUGGUUAAGGAGAGUAUGGCACAGACUAGUGACAAUGCUUUGGUGCAGUGGCUAGUAGCAGCAUUGCUCAUUGCCAUGUUGGGUGGUGCCAAAGCCUAUGUUUUAUGUGACAUAGAGUCAAAUAAGCUAAACUUAUGUUUUGAAGCAAUUACUGGGAACCAUCCUCCAAAACCCAUUGAAAAAUGCUGUGAAGUUGUUAAACAUGCCAAUUUGCCUUGCUUUUGCAGAUACAAGUCUGUCCUACCUGCACUUGGAAUCAACCCCGCCAAUGCUUUUGCCUUGCCCCAUAAAUGUGGUCUGAAAACACCACCUGAAUGUAGAGUGAUUUGAAGCAAUUCUUGAGCUAUUUGAGCACCCCUUGGUCUUUAGUUGCCGUUCAUAUAUGUGCUGUAUUAUUGGAGAAGCUUUGAAAUUAGCAUUCUGUUUCCCUAAAAUAAAUGAGUAGUUUUUUUAAUCCGUGUCUUUUCCUCACAUGUCUGCAAGGUGUAUGAUGUAUCAGUUCCCUAUCUAGUAGAUUCUACAAAGAUGUUUGAUGUACUACUCUCUCAUCCCAAUAAUAUCAACUCCUCUUUUUGAGUAAUUUCUCCCUACCAAACACGCCCUUCUCUUCCCUCCCUCUACUCUUCUUCAUUCAUGUCUAACUUUUCAGUUAAACCCUUUUAUUUCGCACUUGUCAAUUUCAUCAUAAUCAAAUAACCUAAUCCCAAACACAACACAUUUCAACGCAUUUCGCAAUUUAAAUAUUCCCCUCU